AUGGGGGGUCCAGGAGGGCCGGUCCUGGGGGGCUUCGGUUCCACCACGGCGUCUCUGGACAUGGGCGGCUGGAUGAUGUGGCCCGGGAACGCCACCCUCGGACUGAACCACAGCGCGAUGUGGACCGAGCCGGUGACCAACCUCUCCUCCUCCUCCUCCUCCUUCUCCUCCUCUUCCUCUGCCCCUUCCUCACCUCAGGCGGUGGCCAGGGAGGUGAUGAAAGCGAAAAACUGGCCGGCGUUACUCAUCCUGGUCAUCAUCCUGCUGACGGUGGGCGGUAACAUCCUGGUCAUUUUGGCCGUGUCUCUGGAGAAGAAGCUCCAGAACGCCACCAACUUCUUCCUGCGUUCGCUGGCCGUGGCCGACAUGCUGGUGGGGAUCCUGGUUAUGCCCAUCUCCCUCAUCAACAUCCUAUACGACUAUACCUGGCCUUUGCCCAAUGCUCUGUGUCCUAUCUGGAUUUAUCUGGAUGUUCUGUUCUCCACCGCGUCCAUCAUGCACCUGUGUGCUAUCUCUCUGGACCGUUACGUGGCCAUCCGCAAUCCCAUCGAACACAGUCGCUUCAACUCGCGCACUAAAGCCAUGCUGAAGAUCGCAGCCGUUUGGACCAUCUCCAUAGGUAUCUCUAUGCCUAUCCCUGUGAUAGGCCUGCACAAUGAGGAUAAGGUCUUUGUGAACGGCAGCUGCGUUCUCAAUGAGGAGCGCUUCAUGCUGGUGGGCUCUUUCGUGGCCUUUUUCAUCCCUCUGGUCAUUAUGGUGGUCACCUACUGCCUGACCGUCCAGGCGCUUCAGCGCCAAGCCUCCGUCUUCCUCUACCAAGGCACAGCCUGCUCCCAGCAACCCCUGCAGCCGACCGCCCCCGAGGCCGCGCCCCCGCCGGCGCCCCCCCGCCGAAACAGCCUGAACUGCCUGACGGUGAGAGACGCCCUUCCCGGAGCCAAACGCAGCGACAGCAUCUCCAUAAUCCCGUCGGAGGCGCCGUCUCAGCUCAGCUCGCCCGCGGGGAGGGACCCCGGUUCCCACGGCCGGCGGGGCAUGAUGCAGGCCAUCAAGAACGAGAGGCGCGCCUCUAAAGUACUGGGUGUGGUCUUUUUCCUCUUCCUCAUCAUGUGGUGUCCCUUUUUCAUCACCAACGUGCUCUACGUGCUCUGCAAAGGGUCCAGAAACGAGACCCUGCUUUCCUAUCUCCUCAACGUCUUCGUCUGGGUCGGUUACAUAUCCUCGGGAGUUAACCCUUUAGUGUACACGCUGUUCAAUAAGACCUACCGAAGGGCGUUUUCCAAUUACAUGCGCUGUCGUUACAAAGGGGCGGGGCUUAAACCCAUCCCCAUUAACGUGUCUUGCCCAUCGCACAUCGUGACCCCCGUCCUCAUCUGCGGGAAGGAGAACGUGGACCGCAACAGCAACUGCCGGAACGGGGACGAGAACGGACUGCGGAGCCUGGAAUUAAACGGCACGGAUUCGGACACUGUGCUGGAGAUGCAGCCCGGAAUGUCAGAGCUGUCCGUCAACAGCUACCAUAUCCCCAGCGAACACACGAGCAGCGUCUGA